AUGUGGUCCAAAAAAUCCAAAAAGCCUAAGAAGGAACAUGUGAAUGCAAAACCACCACAACCUUCUUCGCCACAGCGCGCAUCCAGCAACAAGACCCAAGUGUACGACACGGCCAACAUCACUCUCGACACACAGCUUGUCGAGCCACCAAAUCAACCACUGGGAGAGCCACCACUUCCUGGUCUUAAAUGGGAUAUGUGGAUCAUGGCAUUUUCGCCAGACGGCUCACGCUUAGUUUCAAGCCGGAGAUUUCUUCGUCAACGGAGCUCGAAAUCUGGUGCUUUCACGCUGCUGGAUGCAUAA